AUGGGGAAAACUGCACUCGCUCAAGAAGUCUUUGAUCAUUUUAAAAAUGUGAAAAAGGAACACUUCGACAUCAAAAUCUGGGUAUGUGACUCCUUACCUGAUCUCAAUUCAUCAAAUCUUACGAAGAAAAUUCUAGAGUAUUCAACUGGCAGAUCUGAAUCUGGGCCAUUGGAAUUAAUACCAGAGAAACUCAAGGAAAAAUUACAUUCCAAAAGAUUUUUACUUGUCCUAGAUGAUGCUUGGGAUGACAAAAAUCAGAGAGAGUGGGAGAAACUAUGUGCUCCAUUGUUAUAUGGCCAAAAGGGUAGUUGGGUACUAUUAACAACUAGAUCAAAAUCAGUUGCAAAUAUGGUUGCAAGAGAAAUCAAAGGUACAAUGAUGCCAAUGAUGUUGCAAGGAUUGUCAGAGGAUGAAUGUCUUUCACUCCUAUACCAGCAUGCAUUUGCUGGUCAAGACCCAAAUGGAUUUCCACUGCUUAAAGAAAUUGGCAGAGAAAUAGUAAAGAAAUUGAAAGGUGUACCUCUUCUAGCAAAGUCAAUUGGAGGAGCGUUGAAUAGUAAACUAGAAGCAGAUCACUGGACAAACAUUUUAAGAAGUGAAUUAUGGAAAAGGUCACAAGAUUCAACAUACAAUUUCAUUCCAGUUCUAACACUGAGUUACGUGAUGCUUCCACCACGCUUGAAGCGGUGCUUUGCCUACUGCAGUAUAUUCCCUCAAGAUUACAAAUUUAACAAGUAA